GGAUACUGUUUUGUAGAUAAAUUUAGUGUAAUGAAAUAGCGCACUGUACCUCACGUUUCGGUUAUUUUGUGUAAAUUGUGUGUUUGUUGGGGUUGUUAAAACAGUAGCAGUUUAUGUAUUCAAAACAAAAAGAAAAUCGUCGUAAGUGCUAAAGAACUGAUGUCAGGGGCAGGAUCUAGUGGAACAGGGCGGGGCCGUGGCACAGCCUCAUUGACUGACAAUAAGACUGAUAAUAAAGAUACUAAGCCAAAUCCAAAGAUGUCGAAAGCGCUUAGUACUUCAGCAAAAAGGAUUCAGAAAGAAUUAGCGGAAAUCACACUGGAUCCACCACCGAACUGCAGUGCUGGUCCAAAAGGUGAUAAUUUGUAUGAAUGGGUGUCAACCAUAUUGGGGCCACCAGGAUCAGUCUACGAAGGGGGCGUAUUUUUUCUGGAUAUUCAUUUUUCUCCAGAAUACCCAUUCAAACCUCCAAAGGUGACAUUUCGCACUCGUAUUUAUCACUGUAAUAUUAAUAGCCAGGGUGUUAUCUGCUUAGAUAUAUUGAAGGACAACUGGUCACCUGCUCUUACAAUAUCAAAAGUAUUACUAUCCAUUUGUUCACUGCUUACUGACUGCAACCCAGCUGACCCUCUUGUUGGCAGCAUAGCAACACAGUAUUUGCAGAACAGAGAAGAACAUGAUCGUAUUGCAAGGCUUUGGACCAAACGUUACGCAACGUGAUGUGUCAAAAAAAAAAAAUAUUGCUCUUCCAAUGACUUUUUGUAAAGACAUAGUGAUAAAUGACAAACAGCCCUUAUUCAGUGCAGCAUUUGUUUCAUUGGCAAAAAUAUAAUUGUGUGUAUGCCACAGUGUAUGGGUGUUUUUCUCAUUGUUUGGAACUCCUGUGAAAAUGAGAUGUUUUGAACAUAGAUAAUCAUUUAUUCAUAAUGUAGUAUCGAAACAAAGAUAGGGAAAAGGAUAUUAAAUGUAAUGUGCGGCUUCAGAAUAGAUAGCUUUCUGUGGAUUGUUUCCUGUUAAAUGUGUUGUGGAAGUAAUAUUCAGAUGGGUAACCUGGUGAAAUUUCAAACCUGUACCUCAUUACAGUAAUUUACUUUUUUAUGUGGUUAGCUCCCAUCUGAGAUAAUUCAGUAUGAAACAUUGAGUGCAACUCUUUCUGUGCAGAUCUGGCUGUUAUUGUUGACUUUUCUAUUGGGAGUGUCUGUUGUGCUCACUUGGAGGACAGCAGUUAAUAUUAAAAACAAAUAACAAAGGUGUAAACUUGCCUGUGCAUACAGCUGGUGUGCGUGUUGAAGUCAACGAUGAAAUAAAUUUUGUUUGUAAUCUUCAUUACUUUCUUUGUUGGUAAUUGAAUUACUACAUAUUAUGGUACUGAUUCUGAAAUCAGAUGGUUUGUUAUAAUUUGAAAAAUGUGUAUUUGUAAAUUCAGUUUUUCAAGUGUAAGUGGGUUGGUUUUGUCAUAUUUCCUUUUUUUAAAAAAAUCUGACAAGAGUAUGGAAACAUUCUCAAAUUUUCUAUUUAGUGUUGUGUGAUUAAUCUGUGAAAGUCUCCCAACUUAGAACAAUGCUGGUGGUGGCAACCACUCGUCAGUGUAAAUUAAAGUCCACUGCACCUAAUGUAUUACUGAAGAGCAAAUGAUGUCACAGUUCCACAUGUAAAGAGCAUUUCAAAUGAAUGGAUUUUUUUAUCCUGUUCGCUGUCAACAGUUAAUUAUAAUUUUGUAUACCAGGGUUUUGUUGUGUUCAUUGUUCAGUAAACAGCUUAAAUGUGUUAGUAUUUGUAUUAAAAUCGUGUACUUCAUAAGAAAAAUUGGUCAUAGUGUGUGUGAAUCUCAUAUUCAGGAACUUACUGUACAGUAUAUCUCUGACAGGCAGUGAAUUGUAAUGCCAUGGUAUGAGUGAGGCAAAUCACUUAUUUUUGGUUUCAUGGAAGUGAGUGGUGUAAUGAUUUUUAAGAAACACUGCACUAUGAAUAGUUCCUAAUCUCUUGAAUGAUAUAUUCUUGACAGCACCAUAAAUGAGCUGGUUCAGUAGUGCACCUGCAAUAUAAACAAGAAAUAAUUUGCUCAGACUUAUUUUAAUAUUUUUUAUCAGUGGAGUGCUUGAACAAUAAUAAGAUAUACCAUACAAUUUCUUCUUUUAGCAUACUUUUCUCAAACUGUUUCUGGUAAUUCUCAUCUCUGGUGCUAAACAAAAUUUUUUUGACUGCUGAUAUAUUGUUUCAAUAAGCGUUCCAUGGAAAAAAACUGCUGUGUGAAAGGACACUACACUGCAUGAAAUGUUUUCUACAUUAUUAUAUGUUCAGAAUUUUUGUACAACACACCUACCUGUCAGUGUGCAUGAUUGCAACCAGAUAUUGAAAAUGUUUUUGGUGUGUACAGUAAACUUGAAAACAAAGUAAGGUAGUUGAAAUUUGUGUACAAUAAUUUAAAUUGAUAAUAAAGUGGUAUUCUUAUGUCAGUUA